AUGGUCGGCGGGUUCCUUUUGCGUAUCUGUCAAGGCUAUUCGGUAAUUCUAGGCGUUAGCUCGUACUUUCGAGUAUCGAAGAAUUAUCGCGAGACGUGGCUGACGCGCGGCUAUGUCCUGGUCGUGAAUGUCCUGACGCUCAGUCUGCUGCCCUUUGUCUUCUGGAUGUCCGCCCAGUACGUCAGGAUAGCCAGCUGGUUUCCAAAUUUGUUGACCUACACAACAUAUAUACUCUACACGGUGUCCUAUGCGACUAUAGCAUAUACUCUGAUCUCACGCUCCUGUCGGGAUAAAGCGCUGCUGGAGGCGGACAGGACCGUGCAGAGAUUGAACCGAGGGUUUGCACAGGAUAUUCGAAAUGGGCGAUCUGUCGACAGCACACUUCGCCAUUUGCAUAAUUUGAAGCUGGGCUCUGUGUUGUUCGUCAGCCUGGCCAGCUUCCUAGCCUGCCUGGCGGUACCCAAUGAGCCAAAGCUGAGCAUCGUGCUGUGCGUCUUCUUAUACAGCAACGCCAAGAAUAUUCCCCUGCUCGCCGUCCAUCGCUAUUAUCUGGCUCUGUGGGACAUCGCCUAUUGUUAUCAGAAUCUCAAUAAGCAGCUGGGACAGCUUCUGCAUCUGGGUAGGGGGACUCAAGGAUCUCCAUCGCGUCGCCAGCUGGAGCAUCUGCAGCAUCUGUGGAUGCUCCACAGCCUGCUCACACGCUGCACUCAGAGGCUCAACAAGAUCUAUGAUCUGCUUAUGUUGGCUGCUCGCUUUGAUAAUCUGGCAUUCUUUGCGAUUAAUACCUAUUGGGGCAUAGUCUUCUCAUUUAGCGUUGACGCACCUAUCUAUUUAACUCUCUUCGGGGCUGCGAACUACUAUGUGCAUCUACUGGACUUCUAUCUAUUGAACUUCAUGUGUGACCAGACCAUGUGGUACCAGAGCCCGAUACAGCAUAACCUCAGCGAGGGGCAUUGGUCAAGGGAGCUGAACGCCUUUGUCCUGUACGCCUGUACUUCGAAGCUGGACUUUUGGGUUUGCGGUCUCUAUAAGGUGAAUCGUCGCAGCUGGUUCCAAAUGCAGAUCUCUAUUAUUACAUUUUUCAUUUUGUUGUUGCAGUUUCAUUUGUUGCACAAUAAGAAAUAUACUUCUUAA